AUGUCAGACAGCUCCAGUUACAGCGCUACAGACAUCAUCACCUUUAUAGGUGUGCCCCUGGCAGUACUAGGGGUGCUCCCCAUUCUUUACAACACAUUUGUCACGUUGGUGGCAUUGUCCAAGAUCAAGCGGAUACUGAGUUCGUCACGGCUCACGGCACUCACCAGGAGCGAUGUGGUAAACCGCGUCAUCGAGAUUGAACUGCCCAGAUACGCAGUAACUCCCUGGGACAGGUUCCAAGACCGCACAAAAUACUGGCGACUGUCGCGCACCCCCAGCGCCAUCCCCGGCGGCUCCUGGACGACCUUCAACUGGAGGACCAACGUCAUAGGGCUCAAGGUGCAGCGGCUCGAAUAUGCGGACCAACUCAGGCAGCCCCAGGUAGAGGUCGCGUUCGACGAGCUCGUGUGCUACCUGCUCGACCUGGGCGCCGUGCCGGACCCCCAUGGCUGGAAGCUGCUGCGGACGACGGGGCUGUGGACGCCGGUGGGGUGUGCGUUGAUGAAGAGCCCGGACGGCAGGGACAAAGCGCUUAGAAUCGCGCCGCUGGACGACUCGGAUGGCAUGCUGUCGCUGUCGGUCGCGUGGGACGAACGCUGGACUACGAGGAACCAUUCCAAUCUGCCGCCUUACUGGGUCGAGCUCCCGCCCUGGCCGCAACGGCAGAGAAAGAAGCAUGCAGACGACGCAGGGAGUGAUGGCAACUCCGAAGAGGCUGAAAAACCCUACUCCGACACGCCCCAAACCGGUUCAGAAAAAGACAUGACCUCCUCAGUGCGCGAAUACGCCCCUUUUCACGACCACCAGCCCAUCACCUGCCAAAUCACAGGCGAUGGCCUCGUAUCAGCACUAACGCACGACACCACCACCGAUGACGCGAACGAACCCCACAGCCUCCCGAUCGACCACCUCCGGACCUCCACCUCGCCAACCCACGGCAGCGCAGGGGACUGGUUCGCCAGCGCCGCGACGGCCUUCGGCACCACGUCCCAGACCGUGCUGUGGAGCUACCGCACCCCGCCCGCGAUCCGGCGCUUCGCCCGCCGCGACACGGUCCCCUGCGGCGUGCUGGUGCUGCUGGGCCUGGUGGACGACGCCGAGACCCCGGCCUGGGCGACGGCGUCCGUGUCGGCCGAGGAGCGCCAGCGCGCAGAGGACCUGGACGCCAUGAUGCGGCGCGGCCGCGAGCAGCGCGCCGCCCUGGCCGCCGAGGCCGCCAUGCCGUCGGCGCAGCGCGAGGCGGCGGCCAGGGAGCGCGUGAGGCGCGAGGCCGAGCAGAGGAUGAUGGAGCUGCGGGAGCGGCAGCGCGGGCAUGCCGAGAGGCGCGAGGCUCGGCUCGUCGAGGCGCUGGCGAGCCCGCGGUGGGCCGCCGAGAGGGUCGCGGCGUUGUGUUUGCGGUGGCUUGUGAGGGAGGAUGGGGAGGAUGAGUACAGGAUCGAGUGUGGGGACGAGGAGGAGGAAGGUGGAGAGGCCAAGGGCCGUUGCGUCAAGGAGGCUGUGGGCAGGCUGCUGUGGCGCAUGGUGAGGGACCGCGGGCUGGCGGGCAGGGUGUGCGGCCUGCUGGACUUGUGGAUGGCCUGGGCCGACAACGGCGGCAUGCGCAAGUCGGACUUUCGGGCGCUCGAGGAGGACAGGGUCACGUUUGCGCUGGCGGCGCUCGUCGUGGCGCUCAUUGCAGACACGGAGGCAGCGGCCGAGGGGACGGUGUCGAUGGAUCUGCAGGAGUGUAUCAGGAUGUGGGCCAAGGUUAGGCUGGGUUGA